AUGAUAUUACACAAACCCAACCGAGAAGAGGACUUUGAUAGGCCACACCCUACUGAGGCAACGCCACUGCUUCGAGAGACCGGCCACGCUGAUGAAAGUGGCCCCGUUAUAUCAUGGACAAAAGCUGCCCAGCUAAUGGUCAAGAAUGCUUCUCCACUGGUGCUGUCGGGCCUGUUACAGCACUCGAUUGGCCUGACCACCGUUUUUCAAGUUGGCCACCUUGGACAAACCGAACUGGGAGCUGUCUCCUUGUCCAUCAUGACGGCCAAUGUGACUGGAUACGCCGUGUAUCAAGGAAUGAGCACCGCUCUAGAAACCCUCUGCGCACAGGCUGUUGGCUCUAAGAACAAGCUCCACGUGGGACUCUAUUUCCAACAAAUGGUUCUCCUUCUGUGGCUGUUGACGAUACCUAUUGGCAUAUUGUGGUACAAUGCAGGCCAGAUCCUUGGAGCAUUAACACCCCACAAAGACACCGCGCAUCUUGCUGGUGUCUAUCUGAGAGUCUUGUUCUGGGGUUGCCCAGGCUAUGCCGCCUUUGAAGCAGGUAAGAAAUAUCUGCAGGCGCAAGGCAUCUUCCAUGCAGGAACGUACGUCCUUCUCUUCGUUGCCCCGUUGAACGUCCUGACGAGCUGGCUCUUUGUGUGGAAACUCCAAUUGGGAUUCAUCGGUGCACCCAUGUCAGCAGCACUUACCAACAAUUUGCUACCCUUCUUCCUUUUCCUAUACAUUGCGUUCGUUGACGGACGACAAUGUUGGAAUGGCUUGACGUCCAAGGCUUUCAUGAAUUGGGGCACCAUGAUUAAGCUCGCCUUUCCCGGUUUUGUCAUGCUCGAAGCAGAAUAUCUAGCAUUUGAAUUGCUUACGCUAGGAGCAUCACACUUGUCCGGCACACAACUAGCUGCACAGAGCGUCUUGAGUCCCCUUAUUGCCUUGACAUUCCAGGUACCCGUCUCUCUUGCGAUCGUGGCGUCCACCAUGAUCGCAACCGCCGUAGGCGCGGGUGCCGUUCCGCAAGCCCGUUGUUUUGCCAAGGUUGCCGCAUGGGGUGCUUUCCUCGUAGGCCUCCUCAAUUUCAUGUUCAUAGUAGUGGCAGGGGUCUCUGCGGCGCGAUUUCUCACCACCGAUCGCGAGGUCAUAAAACAAGUCACCAUGGUGCUUCCAAUCGUUGCGAUAUUUCAGCAUUUUGAUUCCCUAGCGACGACUUUCAACGGUUUUCUUCGUGGUCUUGGCAAACAAGAUGUCGGCAGCCUCAUCAGCAUCGGAUGCUAUUAUAUCGUGGCCCUUCCUAUCAGUUUUUGUACAGCAUUUUGGCUCAACUGGCAGCUCAUCGGCUUGUGGUCCGGCAUCGCGGUGGCUUUGGCACUGCACUCAUUGGUUGCUGGGAUCUACAUCUUUUCUUUUCCAUGGACCAAUGCCGUCGAGGCAGCAAAAGCUAGGCAGAUCGUGGCGGAUCUGUAG